AUGGCUUCUUUUUUCUCAUCGUCGAAGACAGCUGGGACUUCAACUAUAGCAACAGAUGCGGAUUUAGCAAAUGAUAUAAUAAUCAAUAAUCCAGCAGAUGAUUCGAUUUCUGACAUUGCAUUUUCACCACAGCAAGAUUUUUUAUUCAGUGCAAGUUCUUGGGAUAAUAAAGUUCGUAUUUGGGAUAUUCAAGGUGGUAAUCCACAAGGGAAAGCGCAAUAUGAACAUAGUGCACCAGUUUUAUGUACAAGAUGGUCAUUUGACGGUACUAAAGUUGCCUCUGGUGGUUGUGAUAAUGUGGUUAAAGUUUAUGAUUUGAAUAGUGGUCAAAACCAACAGGUUGGUAGUCAUGAUUCUGCGGUUCAAUCUUUAAGGUUUGUUCAAUGUGGUCCAACUAAUGCAGAAUGUUUAGUAACUGGAUCUUGGGAUAAAACUUUGAAAUAUUGGGAUUUAAGACAACCUCAACCUAUAUCUACUGUGAUGAUGCCAGAUAGAGUGUAUGCCAUGGAUAGUAAACAACAAUUACUAGUCGUUGGAACUGCGGAAAGAAAUAUUGUCGUAAUAAAUUUGACUAAUCCAACUACAAUAUUUAAGACAGUACAAUCCCCAUUAAAGAUGCAAACAAGAACUGUGGCAUGUUAUAAUUCCGGUGAUGGUUAUGCUAUCGGUUCUGUGGAAGGUAGGAUAGCGAUUAGAUAUGUUGAUGAAGAACAGCAACGUAAAUUAGGUUUUUCUUUCAAAUGUCAUCGUCAAACAAAGACAAAUAGAUCAGUGGGAUCCUCUUCUCAAGCGAGUGUAUAUGCUGUGAAUAGUAUAUCGUUUCAUCCAGGAUAUGGUACUUUUGUUUCAGCAGGUAGUGAUGGUUCUUUCCAUUUCUGGGAUAAAAAUCAAAGACAUAGAUUAAAGGGAUACCCAGCUCAAAAUGGUUCUAUUCCUAUUUGUAACUUCAAUAGACAAGGUAGUUUAUUAGCCUAUGCUAUUAGUUACGACUGGAGUAGGGGUUACACUGGUAAUAGACAAGAUUAUCCAAACGUUAUCAGAAUACAUCCUACAACAGACGCUGAAGUUAGAGAAAAACAAAAAUAA